GGACACUAGCUGCGCAGUUUGGAUACUGAGGGAGCCCCAAGUUAUAGACGCUCCGCGAAACGAACCGUAUCAAACUGCAUCGAAGACGGCGGGACACUAGGUGAGCCAUGAGUACUGUGAUUGGAAUGGGCUGGGAAUAAGCAAGACGAAUUAGUCCUUGUUUGAGGAAGUGCUGGAAAGUUCUCUAGUUUGUUUAAAUCUAAGGUAUGGAGAUGUGGGCCAGCCAGGGAAGGGGGAUUGUUUAAGAACCGCAAAGGUGGCUGGGAUUGGUCAGAGCUGCCAGAAAAAAGUGAAGGAGCUGGUCUGUUAUUGUCUCCAGAUAACAGGUGUUUUAUUGGGGAGAAGAUUAGAGAAACAGACAGCCUUAGAGAGCACCACCUCACCUGAGAAAACUCAUGAGGGCUUGAUUGGGUUCUCAGCAGCCGUAUUCAGACUGGCCCAAAUGUACUCCCACCAAUCCCUAACAGAGGAUAAAAGGCGAUCAGCAGGGUUGCUAAACCUACGUGACUGAUAUCUCUUGUGGAGACCAGAACUUCAAAUAAUCAGAGUACAUCAGGAGACAGGCCUAGGAAAACCAUGGCUGCUGCUAAGAGAAUGGCCAUUGGCAUCGACCUGGGCACCACCUACUCCUGCGUGGGGGUGUUCCAGCAUGGCAACGUGGAGAUCAUCGCCAACGAUCAGGGCAACCGCACCACCCCCAGCUACGUGGCCUUCACGGACACCGAGCGGCUCAUUGGGGAUGCGGCCAAGAACCAGGUGGCGCUGAACCCACAGAACACUGUCUUUGAUGCCAAACGGCUGAUCGGCAGGAAAUUUAAUGAUGCUGUAGUGCAAUCAGAUAUGAAACUUUGGCCUUUCCAAGUAAUCAAUGAAGGAGGCAAGCCCAAGGUAACGGUGUCCUACAAAGGGGAAAAAAAAGCUUUCUACCCUGAGGAAAUCUCUUCUAUGGUACUGACUAAGAUGAAAGAGACUGCUGAGGCUUUUUUGGGUCACAGUGUCACCAAUGCUGUGAUCACCGUGCCAGCGUACUUCAAUGACUCUCAACGCCAGGCCACCAAGGAUGCAGGCGUGAUUGCAGGUCUCAAUGUGCUAAGAAUUAUCAAUGAACCCACAGCUGCUGCCAUUGCCUAUGGCUUAGAUAAAGCAGGGCAGGGAGAGCGACAUGUCCUCAUCUUUGAUCUGGGUGGAGGCACAUUUGAUGUGUCCAUACUGACCAUAGAUGAUGGGAUUUUUGAGGUAAAGGCCACAGCUGGGGACACCCACCUGGGUGGAGAGGAUUUUGACAAUAGGCUCGUGAGCCACUUUGUGGAAGAGUUCAAGAGGAAACAUAAGAAAGACAUCAGCCAGAACAAGCGGGUGGUGAGGCGGCUACGCACCGCCUGCGAGAGGGCCAAGAGGACCCUGUCAUCCAGCAACCAGGCCAACUUGGAAAUUGAUUCACUUUAUGAAGGCUUUGACUUCUACACAUCCAUCACCAGAGCCCGGUUUGAAGAGUUGUGUGCAGACCUAUUUAGGGGCACACUGGAGCCUGUGGAGAAGGCUCUUCGGGAUGCCAAGAUGGAUAAGGCUAAAAUCCAUGACAUUGUUUUAGUAGGGGGCUCCACCCGCAUCCCUAAGGUUCAGAGGCUAUUGCAGGACUACUUUAACGGUCGUGAUCUCAACAAGAGCAUCAACCCCGAUGAGGCAGUUGCCUAUGGGGCUGCAGUACAGGCAGCCAUUUUGAUGGGGGAUAAGUCUGAAAAGGUACAGGACAUGCUUUUGUUGGAUGUGGCUCCCCUGUCCUUAGGGUUGGAGACAGCCGGGGGUGUCAUGACUGUCCUGAUCAAGCGCAACUCCACCAUCCCCACCAAGCAGACGCAGAUCUUCACCACCUACUCAGAUAACCAGCCCGGCGUGCUGAUCCAGGUGUACGAGGGCGAGAGGGCCAUGACGUGGGACAACAACCUGCUGGGGCACUUUGAUCUGAGUGGAAUCCCUCCUGCACGCAGGGGAGUGCCCCAGAUCGAGGUGACCUUUGACAUUGAUGCUAACGGUAUUCUCAAUGUAACAGCCAUGGACAAGAGCACAGGCAAGGCUAAUAAGAUCACCAUCACCAAUGACAAGGGCCGGCUGAGCAAGGAGGAGAUCGAGCGCAUGGUUCUGGACGCUGAGAAAUAUAAAGCUGAGGAUGAGGUCCAGAGAGAGAAAAUUGCUGCAAAAAAUGCCUUAGAAUCCUAUGCUUUUAACAUGAAGAGUGCUGUGAGUGAUGAAGGUCUACAGGGCAAGAUUAAUGAGUCUGAUAAGAAGAAAAUACUGAGUAAAUGCAGUGAGGUCCUUUCAUGGCUGGAGGCCAAUCAACUGGCUGAGAAAGAUGAGUUUGAUCAUAAGAGAAAGGAAUUGGAGCAGGUGUGUAACCCAGUCAUCACAAAGCUCUACCAGGGAGGAUGCACUGGGCCUUCCUGUGCAACAGGGUAUACACCUGGAAGGGCUGUCACAGGCCCCACCAUUGAAGAAGUAGAUUAAUCUUAUCUGGAGCUGGAGGGUUCUAGGGUGCCUCUAAGAUGAAUUUUGUUCCCCUCAUCUUUAAACAUGGUUAUGAUUCCUGAAUUGACGGGACCUGAAGCUAAGUUACCAUCCCUUUUGGAUUCUGAUAGAGGAGUCUCAUAUACCAUCUUUUCACACUCCAACAUCCUGUUUCUGACUUUGGAUUGAGACUCUUAGGAAAACUAGGCCUCUCUCUGAACCAUUUGAAGAAUUUGAAUGUUAUUUAUUUCCAGCCUCCCCAGCUUUCUUCUUCCUGUGUGGAUGGUUAUCUGUCCCUCAGUAAAUUUGUCCCUAAAGCAAAUUA